AAAUUAGAAAAGAGAUCAUUAUUUUAAGUAAACAAGGCAGAGUAUAAUAGAAGCCUUUACAUAUAUGGGUUUUUGGUUUUCAAGUUUCUGACGAAGAAGAAGAAGAAGAAGAAGAAGAAGAAGAUGGCGACUUCAGCUCUGGAAUCAAACGCUUCUUUCGACAUUUCUCAGUGCCAACACACACCCUUUUACUGUGAGGAGAAUGUAUACUUGCUUUGCAAGAAAUUGAGUAAAGAUGGGAUAGCAGAGGCAGAUGGCUCUGAUCUUUUUGUUGUUUUCAUCUCCAAUGAGAAGAAACAGGUUCCAUUAUGGGGUCAAAAGGCCAGCAACAGGGCAGAUGGAGCUGUUUUAUGGGACUAUCAUGUCAUCUGUGUACAGAGUAAAAAAGGAGGUGAUUCUGCUCCCUUAGUGUGGGAUUUAGACUCUAGUCUUCCAUCUCCUUCUCCUCUAGCAACCUAUGUUUCAGAAACUGUUCGGCCAUCAUUUUCGCUCUUUUCGGAGUAUCAAAGAUUUUUCCGGAUUGUGCAUGCUCCAAUAUUUCUUGGUGACUUUGCAUCAGAUAGAAGACAUAUGAAAGAUUCUGCUGGAAACUGGUCUGCUGAUCCCCCUACUUAUGAUCCCAUUGUUGCCCAAGAUGGAACUGUGAACAAUUUUAAUGAAUACAUGGAAAUCCACCUUUCCGACGCGUUGAAAACUGUUGAAGCUGAUUCGGUGGGUGCUGUUUUCACUGAGAAACUUGGAGUGGUUAUUGGUGAGAAUCAGUUGGAAGAAUUCUUUUCUCAUAUUUCAUGAUCUUAUCAUCUCACAACUCUUGCAUCAACUGGACUUGCAUAGAGCUUUAUUCUUUUCUUUUGUAAGAUAAUAUGUUUCGAGUUCGAUUCUGCAGCAUCAAAUUUGGAUUGUUUGUUGGCUUGAACUACCAUUUUCUGUAAAAUGUCUUCAGAAUUUAAAACAAUACAUAUGAAAUGAAAUGAAUUGUUUGUUACUACUCA